AUGCCUACUACACGUGUUACACUUGCUUCGAAUUCCAAUCAGUCGCAAAAGACUCCUCUUCUCAUUCCUGAUUCUGCAUCUCUUGAUCCGAAUGCUUCCCCCUCCUGCUACUCUCUUGUCAUCAAGACUGCCCAAUCAAAGCUAAGAUUGAGAAAGGCCCAAAGGGUUUUCGUCCAUGGAGGUCAGGAGCUGACCAGGCAGAAAGACUGGGAGCAUUUACUGGAAGAUGAUGUUGUUCUACUUGUGUCUGUCGGGGAAGAGUCCCAGGUGGAAGGAGACAAAGGCAGAAAGAUUGCCGAGAACCUACGAGGUCUUGAGGGUGUUUGGCGUACCCAGAAAGCCAGAGAGACCUGGCUCGGGCACGCCGAGGUGACGGCCAGUUACAGCGCUGGUGAAGAAUGGGAUGCUGCACUUGGUACCAUUGGGGCCGGAAACCAUUUCGCUGAGCUUCAGGUUGUUGAAGAUUCAGUUAUGUGCAAACCUACGAGCGCGACAGAAGCCUCUCAACAUGAACUGCAUGAGUCCGACACUCACAUCUCAGCCAGUGAUAUCCGCGCAGCCAGGUUGGCCGUCCAAGCCAGGAAGGUUGUCGACAUAUACCACAACAACGUACAAGUCACAACAACAUGGCCUCCCUCCCUCAAGCCAGAUGAGAACAAUGGUGAAUUCUCAUCCAGAUUGGCAGACUUAUGGAUCGAGGCGCCCCAGAAAUACUACAUACACCGCAAAGGCGCCGCACCCACCCACGAUCCCCUAACAUACAUUCCUCUCUCAAUCCUCCCUCUACCAGGAUCUCGCGCCACCCCAACACUCAUCCUUCAUCCCACCUUCUCAGCCACCAACGCCCACGGCAAAACUAAUGCCCUAAGUCUCGCCCACGGAGCCGGACGGGCCCUCUCUCGUGCCAAAGCAGCCUCCUACAUUGCGGAAAAGUAUGCUGGCAAGACGGAGGACCUCCUCAGGGGUGACUUUGUCAAGGCAGACAAACGCGGCAACAAGCUCUUCGGAGGAGAUAAUGCUGGAGGGAGGAAUGUCCAUGGAGCCUGCUGGGUUGUGUGUGAGGAGAAGCAGCUUGUUUGGGAGGAAGCCCCUGAAGCGUAUAAGGACCUUUGGGAUGUGGGAGAGGAUCUGUUGAAGAAGGGAUGCGCGGAGAGGUUGGGAUGGUGUAGGGGGAGAGUGAGCUACAAGGUCAGGAAGGAGUAG